AUGGCUCAGAGGGAUGAAAUGCUUGACGCUCAUCACGAUAUUGAAGAUCGUGGAGAUGAUCGUUGGGAAUAUUUGUUGUCCCAAACAAGAGACAUGAAAAAGAAUGUGUUUGACCAGUUUGAGAAGCUUUUCUCCGAGCAAGAGAAAUUGGUACGGGAUUUAGAAGCGCAAGAGAAGAAGCUUAAGUUACGCGAGCAGGAACUUGAGCAAGAAGAAGCUGAAAUUCAAAACGAGAGAAUAAAACUAAUCCGGGAAAAGGAGUUGAACGAGAGCAUUGCCUUAUGCCGAAAGAAGGAUGCUGGAAACAAGCUGCGGUUGGCAGAAGAAGAAAAGAAAGAAAUUGAAAAACUCCAGAAAAGGGUCGCUGAACUAGAAAAUCUAGUUGAGGCAAAAGAUUCUUUGGAGUUGGCGAUUGAGCGCAUGAACAAAGCCUUAGACAACAUCGACCAUGCCGAUACUGCUAAAAACGAUGAUGAGGACCUCAGAAAACAAAUGGAUGAACUUAGAGAACAAUUAGAAGAGAAGGAAGAUGACUUGGAAGCCAUGAAACAACUUAACGAUGAUCUCAUUGUCAAGGAACGAACAAGCAACGAUGAACUGCACCAGAGUCGUAUGGCGCUUAUUCAGGGAUGGAGUGAAAAUCUCAGCCGCGCUUAUAUUGGUGUGAAGACAUUGGGAGAGCUUGACAGUAAGCCAUUCCGCACUGCUACUAAAAGGAAAUUCUCUGAUGAAGAAGCUGAAGAUAAAGCACUAGAGUCAUAUUCACUUUGGGAUUCCUAUCUUAGGGACCCAAGAUGGCAUCCUUUCAAGAUUGUUCCGCAUAAAGCAAAUUAUACCAAGGAAAUAAUUGAUGAAGAUGAUGAAAAAUUGAAGAGUCUAAAGAAUGAGUAUGGUGACGAAGUUUACAAUGCUGUAGUGACGGCCCUGGAGGAAUUGAAUGAGUACAAUCCGAAGGAAAGGUACGCGGUAAUGGAACUCUGGAACUUUAAAGAAGACAGGAAGGCAUCUCUAAAAGAGGGAAUAGAGUUUGUGUUGAAGCAGUGGAAGAGCAAACGAAGGAGAAACUCAUAUUAUGGGCAGAAGGACUAA